GCCCACCUUUUCUUUGCAGAUUUCACUUCUCUGCAUUCAACAAUGGGCCUUCUCUCUUGGAGCUCUCGCUCCCCACCAUCCAAGCCCUGGGGUCUGAAAUGGAGGUCGUCUGUUUGGUUUGCAACAGUGGUCGUAGGUUUUGGCAUUACAACCGACUUGCUCGUAUAUUCCAUCAUCAUUCCCGUUUUACCAUUCCAGCUGGAACAUCUGGGCUACCACCAAGUGUCAGCACUGACUGGAUGGCUGCUGUGCGCCUAUUCAGGAGGACUUGUCAUAUCAACAAUUCCAAUCGCCAUAUACUCUGAACAUUAUUCUGCAAGGAGAAUCCCCCUCAUCAUCGGUCUAAUCACAUUACUCGGCGCUCAGGUUAUGUUAAUGGAAGCUCCCUCGUACUGGGUGAUGUGCCUCGCUCGUAUAGUACAAGGAAUCAGUUCUUCCAUGGUUUGGAUCGUGGGUCUAGCUUUGCUGUGCGAAACUACCCCAGAACGUUUUAUAGGCAGGCAAUUGGGUAUUGCAAUCAUGGGUCUAUCUGUCGGACUAUUGGUUGGUUCGCCAGCUGGUGGUAUCCUAUACAGUCGUUGGGGUUUUCGUGCACCGUUCAUCUUUGGUGAAAUUUGCACAGCGGUAGACCUUAUUGGUCGACUUCUCAUAAUCGAAAGAAAAGAAGCUAUGGUCUGGGGUGUGGAUCCUGCAGCCGACCCGCUUCCGAAUGAAGAAGAUCCACAUGGUCCGCAGUUAAGAGACGCGACUCAGGAAACAUCUCCUUCUCAGCCAUCUGACUUUGACUCCGAUGUCGACGGUCUUUCGCCCAAGACGCCUUCUGAAGUAGAACUGAACACAACAGGACAAGUACGACCAAGCAUUCCCGCAUCUGGUCACAAACCACUCCCUAUGCUUACUGUGAUCGCAAGACUGUCGCAAUCUCCGAGGGCGUUGGCUGCUCUUGGCAUGGCCCUGGUUUAUGGAAUUGUGAAUAGUAGUCAAGAACCUUCGCUUCCUCUCCAUUUGCAAGCUAUUUGGGGCUUUGACUCUUACAAGGUUGGACUGGUGUACCUGGCUGCGGUUGUUCCAGCCCUCGUAUCGUCACCUUUAGCUGGCUAUUACACUGACCGCAAAGGUUCACAUUAUUUAACCUGCCUAUGUCUUCUUCUCGCCUUGCCGUGGUGGGUGGUGUUGACACUUCGGCGGUCACUAGUUCUUUUUAUAUUUGCACUGGCAUUACAAAGUUUCUUUGUUGCCGGUGUGGUCCCUCCUGUCACGGCUGAGUUGGCAGCAGUUUCUCGAAGUAUUCCAGGAGUUGGAUACGCGCAUGUUUAUGGCGCUUUUAAUCUCGCCUUUGGUAUAGGUACUGCUGUUGGCCCUAUAAUUGGAGGACAGAUUUACGACAAGGCAAAGCACGGAUGGACAGCGGUAUGCUCUGUCACCGCAGCUUUGAUUGUCCUUUGCGUCAUGCUUGCCUUUUGUUACACGGGUGCCGAUCCACUGUUGAACAGGUUUAUGCGGCAGUACUACCCAGCUGGGCCGCAUGAACUUGCUCAGCAAGGUCGGCGGAAGCCAGAUCCAAGUUCAGAGGACGUAGCACAUGACGAUAGCGAUAACCAUGAUUAAUAACCCGGUUGGACCCCAUAGUCGAUCCUUAUUCCCACUCAUACCCUAUCAUUAACUCUCAGAUUACUUUUACUAGAUUCAUACAGGCCAAAAAAUCACUGUAUUUAAUAGGCAACCUUUGGACAUUGUACAUAUUAUCAAAGAUAGUCGAGGACCAAGCAUACCACGGUAAAAUAGAUUUGGGGUAGUACUAGUUUAUGUACAGGUAUCGAUGUAGGCCUUUGGUACUGCAGACACAAAUCUAGGAGCGGUAGAGCGAGAUGCCGAAUUGGGCCGAAUUGGAAUGAGAGUUUAAGCGAAUCGGCCUUUGCUAUCAUUCGGUUUGCUGCCAGACUACCACAGGUUCUUUAGCUCUGUACAUAGCCAGUUUCUUUGUCCACCCCUUGAACUAAUUCUCUCAAAGGUCUCUUUUCUCCAUUUCUUGCUUGCAUUCUCUCUUUUGUUCUGACUCGGAUUGCAAAAAGGUCUGUGGUCUGCGUCUGCCUCUGUGGCCUUUGGCAUCUUUAGACAGGCAGUGGUAGCAUGAGCUCAGAGCUGAACAGGGCCAGGGACUCGAACGAUAUAGACCCUCAAAGCACGGAAGACUUCCCAUUCCUCACCCCCCUCAGUCCCAGCCUGCUCCUCCCUCAAGGCUCCGAAACCCAAGAGGAAACCAUCCGUCGUCUGUUCGAUGCGCUCGAGGUCGUAUUCGUACGGAACAGACAGCUCAGAGAUAUAUUUGCCACUCUCCUCGAAAGCAUGCCGCCUAUCCCUACAGAACCAGACUCUCAGUC